GCUGCACUUCGUCUCAACCCUGCCACAUGUUCGAAGCGGGCGAAAAGCAGAAGCAUCGCAAUGGCAUGUGCUCUCCGGGAUGCGUUCUCCGUUCGCCGUUCGAAGCAGCAGCAGCAGCAGGUGCGUCGGCGCCGGUGAAUACCCGAAACGAGGAUCGCGUCUCGCGACUCGACAAAAGGGGAGGCAGCGAUGCGUAACGCGCUCAGUUCGAGCUUCUAGCGUCUUCUAGGGUCACGUAUUGUCUCGUUUCGUACGUUUCGCGAUACCGCGCGGGGUCGCUACCGGGCGUCUCUCACUCCGCCUCCUUACUGUAUCGGUUCCUUAUCGCACUCCUUUCGGUUCUUCCCUUGCCUAACCGCGUUUUCGCGUAUUUUGCUGUUUCCGCGGUAGAUGUAUAGAGUGUUUUGCUUUUCUUUCUGCAGGCUCGCCGCUACUUAACAUCGUGCUGCUUAUCCGGCUCAUCCUCAUUUCACCUGUUAUUCGAACUCGUUUCCUCCUUGCCUUAUCGCUUAAUACUGCUCUGCGCACUCACUGCCUACUGUAGCGAUACUUAUGGUCGCAAUUCGUCUGUGCCAACCUCCUUGGUCUGUGCUCUGUAGCCAGUCCGUCUUGUAUAGUAUCGCGCAAUCGCCACUGCGAGGCUUCUGUCACUCAUUUUUUUCUCUCUGUCGGUUUCUUAUCGCAAUCAUCUUCCUCUGCUUCAUCAUCAUAUCAUAUCACUGCCACGUGCGUUUCCUUUUGUAAAAUACCCUGCCUCCGUCUCCUGGCGUCGCGACAGUAACAUUUUUGUUUUAAUCUUCCGUUUCUGUCUCUGUAACUCUCUCGGCCUUAUCACACGUAUUCAGAUUUCGGACAGCAGGCGACGAUAACGGUGAUGGGAUUUUUCUGCUUCGAGUGCUGAUAGAGUGGGGCCGGUAGAAGCGGUGUGUUGUACGCGCUCUUUCGGCUCAACCUUUUUUAUCUUGUCUUUCUGUUCUUUCUGGCGUCGCUUUUAUCUGCGCGUUCCUUCCAGACUCGAGCGGUGUAUACCCGGGGGCCUGCGUUAAUCAGCAGUGGUGUCGUUUCAGCUCUCGCACGGCGAUAACGACAGGUCGACGAAGUAUUUAGCCCGGUCUUCAUACAGCAGGCGAACAUUUUUUUGACGCCGCCGUGACGUACUCGGGAACUCCGUCGGAGCUCACGAAGCGCUCCUCGCGUUGAGGGCCUUGCAGUGGCGAACGAGACUUAGUUUGACGCCGGUUGUCGAGACGUGUUAGGGACGUUUGCGAACGACUUGCGUUUGGCGUCUCCGAAUUGACGUGUCGGAACGUUUAAGCGACGUUUCGUGAUAUUGAACCUUGGAUGUUUGUUGGUGGGCAGCGCUUCUGGCGAGAACGCCGCGUUGCAUUUUCUUGCCGGCGUUGUGUACACACCUGCAGUGCGUGUCAGAUGAGUGUGGACUCGUGCGUGUCCAGUGCAUCGUUUUGUUCAGUGUCGCGUUUCUUGUGAGAAAGCGUUAUAGAGGUGAUGGAGACUGUUGCUGUCUGACGGUGAGGAAAAAAAAUACGUCGCCGGAGAAAAUAGCCUGGUUGUCGCAGAGUGGUGUUGAAGACCUCCACCGGUUCCUCCCGUAAAAACUGGGCAACGAUGUCACUCAUGCAUCAGUUCGACGUUCACGAAGAGUGCGACCGGGUGCACCACCUGAACGCGAGCCUGCAGUGCGACUUCGUGUCCAGCAACGAGGAGUGUCACUCGGACGAGCAGUACCUGGCCUACACCACGUUCGUCUACUGCGCCUUCGGGUCGGGCCAGACCGUGCCGGGGCUCGUCGUACUCUCACUGGGCCUCCUCAUCAUGUUCGUGGGCCUGGGAAUCACUGCUGACGACUUCUUGACGCCGUCGCUCAUCGUCAUAUCGGACUCGUUGCACCUGUCUCAGAAUAUUGCUGGCGUCACCUUCUUGGCGUUCGGCAAUGGGGCACCGGACAUCCUGUCAUCGCUGGCGGGCAUCCAGCAGGCAAGGCCCGAGCUCGUCAUCGGGGAGCUGUUCGGCGCGGGCAUCUUCGUGACGUGCGUGGUGGCCGGCUCGGUGUACCUGACGCAGGACUUCAACGUCAUGGAGAGGCCGUUCCUCCGCGACGUCAUCUUCUACAUCAGCGCCACCUUCUGGGCGUUCUACCUGUUCUACACGCAGCGAAUCACCAUCGCCCACUCCAUCGGCUUCAUCAUGCUGUACAUCCUGUUCAUCCUGGUCGUGGUGUUCGGUCGGCUGGUCUACCAGCGCAUGUCCAAGGCCGACCAGGCCGUCCAGGAGAAGACCCCGGUGGCCAAGGCCGGAGCGGUCGCGGAGACACCCAAGGGACUGCUCCAGAAGCUCAGGGAGGGACUGUUCCCCGCUCGCGAAGUCACCGGAAACGUCUCCGGUGACCAGCAGAAGAAGUGCGCCAUGUUCGACAAGUGCGCGCCGGAAGAGUACGACGGCGUCAUCCUGCGACGUUUCAGCUUCCGCGAGAGCACCUCGCACCGCCCCCGGCGACGCACCAUGUCGGGCGUCAACCUGCACCACCACCGGCGCAACUCCAUCUACAUCAUCACCGCGGGCGAAGGAGAGCGCGAGGCACGGGUGCGCUCGCGCUCGCGCACCGGCAGUACCGGAGGCGGAAGGCGCAGCCGCGCCUCCAGCGUCGCCUCCACCGAGCGAGGCCGAGGACGGCGGCCGGCCAAGAGCGAGAGCUUCCGCGUCGAGAACGGCGAGCUUGCUCCACCGCUGCCGCUACCGUCACCGCCCCCGUUUCUCGGGCUGGACCCUUUGUCGCACGGCACCAUGACGCCCAUCCCGGUUCCGGCUGGCCCGGAGAGCGUGGCCGAGCUGACCGUUCCCACGCCCAAGCCCCAGUCGCAGCCACCGCCAGAGCCACAGCCAGAGUCGCAGACGCAGCUCUCACCCCUUCGCGAGUUCUGGCUGCACAUACGUCCCAUCGACAUGGAAGAGUGGCCCAGCAAGCCCUGGCUCGCCAGGAUCAUCGAAAUCAUCAAGGCGCCGAUCUACUUCAUCCUGACGGUGACGACCCCCGUGGUGGACUACGAGAACGACAAGCACAACUGGUGCCGCCUUCUCAACAGCCUGCACUGCGUGCUCAGCCCGCUUUUCAUUACACUCGUCGCCACCGGCGGCGACGACAUGGUGGGCGGCGUGCCGGUCAUCGUGAUCGUGGCCCUGGCGUUCGCGUGCGUGGCCGGCACGGUCUUCGCCACGUCGACGUACGAGGAUCCCCCCGGCUACCACUGGGUCUUCGGCUACGUCGGCUUCCUGGUGGCCGUCGCGUGGAUCUACCUGCUCGCCAACGAGGUGCUCUCGCUGCUCAAGACGUUCGGCAUCGUUAUUGGGCUGAGUGACGCCUUCCUGGGAAUGACAGUCCUGGCCUGGGGUAACAGCAUAGGCGAUUACAUAUCGAACCUGUCGGUGGCCAGGCAAGGAUAUCCUCGUAUGGCGAUAUCGGCUUGCUACGGUGGCCCCCUGCUGAAUCUGCUGCUCGGCUUCGGAAUUCCCUAUACACUAAAGCUCGCCCAGAGCGGGGGAGUCAUGAGCCUGAAAUGGACGACCAUGAUCGGCAUCCUGUACGGAACCAUCACCACCACGCUGGUGUCCACCCUCGUCGCGAUGAUCGUGAUGCGGUUCCACGUCAAGCGAGCCUUCGGCGCCCUGCUCGUGCUGCUAUACGUGAUCUUCACCGUUGUCGCCAUACUCAUCGAAGCCAAGGUGAUCUAAGCGCUUCGCCGGAAACGUUGGGCUCAAGACGACGAUGCCGCCAUGGCGACCCCUUUGGCGAGUCUGGCCGGACUCGGGCUCGUUCCCGGCAGGCAGAAAACACCGUGUGCGCAGAUCGCCGCAGCCUUCCUUGCGCGAGAAGAGGUUACGGGCAGCGAGCUUCGUAAGAUACAGCGAGGCGUUUCACUCGGUUCCCAGUCAGCUGUCAGCAACGGCUUCGGGUGAACGAGCCGGAUGAUGCCCGGAGAAGCGGACCUUGCUGCUUUUUUUUGCCACCGCCCUACCCAACCGCGCCACGCCUGCAUGGUUCGAAAGAGGACGCACAGCGGCGCCGGUAGGUUGCGGAGGCAAACUUAAAUCCCACUUCCGGGAGCGUUGCGUCAUCUUGCCGCGUCAUCGAACUGCAUCGCGAGUGCGCGCGACGUAUCGCCACGAACACUGUUCCUUCUCUCGACUGUGCCUCGAUUUUGGGAGGGGGGGGGGAGGCAGGAGACAAUCGUCGUGUGCCGUGACGCAGUCGUGUUGUUGUACGACGUCGAAAGUGCCUCGGCGCCGACAUCCAAGCCAAGCGUCUGUGCAACAAUUGUCCCUGUGGGGCGUUACUUUAAGGACACGGCGCAUCAGAAACCUCUCCUGUGUGGGCGUCCCUCGAGUGAGUUUAUGAGUGAUCGCCGUUCUUGGCUUAGUCAUCUUGCUCAGUGUGGAGACCUAGUCAGAUGGACACAGUGGUGCCCCCUGCAAAAAGGACUGUCGAGGACCUUUAGGUGGCGUAAGUACGAAUAAAAAAGCCUAAAUCUGCAGCGGUAGCUUCAGCCAACGGAAGCUCUCUACGUCCAAAAGAAAACUGCGGUAAACUGCACUGGCACUGCUUCAGUGUCGGGCAAGAGAUUCUGUGCCGGUAACAUCACGUGACGAACGGCUUGCCACCGCGAUGUCGUAUACUUACCAAUGAUUGCGUGUUGUGUCUACGCACGCACAAAAAAGAAAGAACUCAGUACAAAAUGUACGCUUUGCUAGUUAUACGUGUUACAACAGUAAAGGAGAGCUUGAGUCUGUGAUCUGAACGUUGGGCAGUCAUUCGUUUAUUUAUUGCACUUAGGCGUGGAAUUUCGAGAAAUCGCGAAUAGACCUGAACGUAACGUGUGGUAGCAGCUCCAUGUGUACAGUGCCUCAUCACAGUGAUACGGUAGCUUUGCUGUGUUAUUAAACGGUUUUAGAUGUGACUUGAUGUUGAAAUGCACUCAGCAAUUGACAGACGUGUAGUUCAUGUCCGCGAUACAGUUAGUCAUUUUGCGAUGUCGUUGCAUCAGAACACCUGCGUGUGAGCAUUAUUUUUAGUUCUGUCUUCUCUUUAUCAAUGUCAAAUUUUUGUGAAAUUGUCAGUGUACGUAAUAAAAAAAGAAGAAAAGAAACAUCGUUCAAGCACCAGUGACUCAUGAACAAGGCAAUCUACAAAGGAAGCAAGUUCAAUCCCUUUGAUGCCUCCUUCUCGUAUCGAAUAAAACAUGUUACACGUGUGAACCCUGACAAGGCGAACAUGGGUGAAAUAAGAAUACUAGGAGGGAACGUCACGUGACAUCUCUGAAGCUUAGUUACAAAUUCAGCGGACUCAACUCCAGCUGACAUCUACGUAACGUGCAGCAAGCUUGGUUUUCCAUCGAAUGGUUCUUUGCGCGGCUGCUGCACAAGUGUUAGGGCGCCAAGUAGUCCGCCAGCGUUUGACAGUGCUUUUG